UCUAGUUAUAAGAUUCCGUAGUUCCACAGCCUGUGGAGUUACCAUCCAACAACGCCAUGAUCAAGGUCGCAGCGCUUUUGAUCGUACUGGCCGUCGGCCUAGUCCGAGGAGAGGAUGUGGAGGUCACGACCGUCACAGCAGAAGAGAUGAAACUGGAUGACGUCGACACUCCAGUCAAGUCAGACGACGAGAAGAACCCGGAGAAACGAGGAUUGUUUAGAGUGACAGGUGUACACGGAGAAAACCCUCAGUACCAAGUAGUGUACGCUCUACCUCAGCAAAUACCUCAGCAGCAAUAUCAGCACCCUGUGGAAACCCGUGCGGUUCCGUCAGCAUCUUACAAGCCCUACAUGGGGUACUCAGCCCAGCCUACUUACCAGCAACCCUUUGUUAUUCCCUCUCCCUCCAUGCCUGUGCCCUACAGCACCCCUACACCUAUGAUCCUCCUCAUGAUGCCUCCUCACCCUGGUAACCCCUACGGAUCUUUGAUUUUGGUUCCCGCCAGUAAUUUCUUUACUCCUAACCAUAUCAUGCCGUACAACGCUCCAGGAAGGGUUCCGAUUCAAUUCGUACCCCAGUAUGUGCCCGUGCCUGUGAAAGGGUACCAGGGUUCAGCGUACCCCACAGCGCACUUCAAGGACCAGUACUCCCAGAAGCCCCUGGUGCAGUCGCUGGGACCUCAGUACCAGGAGCAGCAGAGUUCUGGGGAGGAUGUCUCUCAGGAACACCCAAGCUCAGCGGCGAGUCAGGACUACGGAGCCAGAGUGAGACCGAUCGAUCAGUAUGUUAAGGGGUGAAGAAGAGGCAUAAUAGAGGGAAGGAGGAGAUUGUAAAUACAAUGAGCCAUAUAUACGUUACACUACUACAUGGUAGUUUCAAAUGCAUUUCAAAGUAAGAAAUAUUUUCUGUUUAGGAAUUGUUUCACGUUGUUGUUGUUAACUUUUAAAAUAUUUGAACCAGUUUGUCAUUUAAAGUAGGACUUUAUCAAUUUAUUUGAAUGUAAAGAUUUAGGUUAUGUUAAUUGAAGGUUAGUUCUUUCGACCAUUCACCCAUUCAUUUAUUCAUAAUCACAAUUCAUCUAUCCUCCAUUUAUUCAACUUAUAUAAUCUUCAACUCAUCCACUAACAACUACUAUAUUUCAUAACAUUUUCAAACCAAACACAUACAUCUAUCAAACAAAUUUAGCUCCAGUUACACCCUUAGUAGUCACGUUUCAUAGUUUAACCCAAGGUACCUAGGAGAAAGAAAAUGCGGAACUCACAAUCAGAGAAUUAUUUCAUAAUGCCCAGUUUUAUUUGGACAGAAUCGAUUCUCCCACAACAAUACGUUAGAUCAGUGACCGCGACUUUUCUCCUCUUCCUAAAUUUGCAGAACGACUUCGGUUCCGGCCGAGGGGUCCUGGCAGCGACCGUGAAAUAUAACAGGUAAUCUCCAAACACUCCGCGGGCCAACGUCAAGCGUCAUUCCUUAGAUGCAGAAAGCGUAAAGUCCUAGAAGGUUAUGGUUAGAUUAUGCUUGUGAUUGUUACAUAUGCUGAUGCUAAUAGCAGUAAAAGCAUAGGCUUGAGACGUUUGGCCAUUUACACGCUCUCUCCGACGUCAGUAAUGCUUUUGGAGUCUCACCUUUCUCAGAUAGCAUUUGUCAUCUCUUCUCAUAGCUCUUUGUCUGCUCUUAUUUACAUUGAACAUAUUUUUUCAGUCCAUUCUUACCUAUCCAUCACAACACAUAAAAAGGCAACAGUAAAAUGGCUAUUAGUGCAAUAGCAUCACGUUUAUCAAUUAUUUUUAUUAUACUGUUGUGUACAUAAUGUGAUAUUGUUGUUUUGUUGAUAUUGUUGUUGUAAAUAUUGUUUUUUUUGUUAGAUACAUGCAUUUUUAUUGA